AUGCUCAGGGUUUCUCUGAACCUACCGGAACUGUUCGUACCAGAAAUCCAGCUGAUGAACGUCAACGAGUCCGAUGGUCCGGUCGGCGGUAUUGCCAGUCCAUGGCCUCCAGGAAAGUAUAUACAUGACCCAGCCUGCGCGUUUGGACAGCCGAAGUACCUGGCGCCCGUCCGGAGUGGUCUCCAUAAUCCAUCUUGA